AUGCAGAACGUCAUGGGAUCGGUUUCUUUGACCCUGCGCGAGCUGCACUUGCAGUUAGACCCUCAUAUGUUUCUCGGGUUGUCGGGCGAAGGCCAGUCGUUGUUCAAACUUCUACAAAGUCUCACAACAUUCCAGCGUCUCUCCAGCUUGACUCUCGCCGGCGAUUCCUGGGAACCGCUCCCAGAACUACUCGGGGUACCGCAUACACUCGCACCACUACUCUCCGUCCGUCACCUCAAAUUGCGAGGGUUGUGGCAGUCGCACUGGAUCCCGCCCUGCCCUAACCUCGAGCAUCUGCAAAUUCAGGCCGGCGACCUGUCCGCCCUCUCUGACCUCUCCUGGCCCCCUCUACGCACUUUCACACUCGAACCGACGGUGAAUGAAGACGAUCAACUAUUUCCCGAUCUUCGCCACUUCCCUCUCCCACACGUCGACUGCUUCCACGUGCAGGGCACGUUCGUAGACUUGCAUUUCCCGCUUGAGGCCUCAUAUCACACCUUCUUGCUCACCUUCCCCUCCAUAUCAUCGCUCUCCUUCGCCGACUUCCACUACCCCGAUCCGGUCCUCUACAUCCAGCCGUCGCUUUGGAAGCGCUUUGACCUUUGCACCUCCACUCCGUUCAUUUUCGCUCUCGCACCCUCCGUCGUGGCGCACCCGUUUUCGCGGUCACUCCUCCAGGACAAGCUCGCCGCCGCGCUCUCCGCGAUCCCUCUCAUCCACCUCACCAUCUCCCUCGUUCCGAGCACCGUGCUCUCCAACGACUCGCAGCCCCCGUUCCAGCCGGACCCAAUCCCCGAAGAGCUCGAGCGCGUCCGCGCCGUCCGCGACAUCCUCCCCGACGCGCUCGCGACGGCGAUUCCGACCCUCCGCGUGCUCUGCGUCGGCGACACGACGCCGCACGCCUCUGCGAUGACCAUGCAGCCGGAACCGUACGUCGAUCUGCCUGCUCCGAAUGUCCCCGGUGACGAUGACCGCCGUGACCACGACAGGGAGCAAUACCUGCCGGACGGCGUUGAAGUGGAUGACCGCCUGCUGUAUCCCGAAUCCGUGCCCCGAUAUUCCCGGAAGAAGAUCGAAAAGGCACUCAAAGCCCAGCUCAAGCUGCGUCAAAUGGUCGCUUCCGCCUCGAUGCGGGCGCAGCGGUGGUGGUGGAUCGAGCGGAGUGGCGGGGAGGGUCUCGGAAGGCCCGAGAUGGUUGAGAUCUGGCGCGAGGACGGGGAGAGGGCGUGCGAGAUCAUCGAGGCCAGGGAUUUCAAGUCCGAUACGAGUCUCAACGGGUUCUUCUCGGAGAAGUGUGUCUACGAGCCGUAA